AUGUUGCCUGUGCAAGGACAAGCCGAAAUCAUCCAGAAGGUCUGCGCUGCCCUGGAGAAAUAUGAGUCCAAGUUGAGCGCGAUCAACCAAAAGAUUUGGUCAAACCCAGAACUGGCGUUCAAAGAGUAUAAUGCCCAUGACCACAUUUGUGAGGUCUUCGAGUCCUUCGGAGCCGAGUAUCAAGUCCAAAGAAAGGCCUAUGGAAUUGAGACGGCCCUUGAAGUUACAUACAAACGUGGAAAGGGUGGCCGGGUCAUGGCAUUCAAUGCAGAAUACGAUGCCUUGCCGGGCAUGGGCCAUGCCUGUGGACACAAUUUGAUUGCUACCAGUUCAAUCGCUGCCUUUCUGGCUACCUGUGAAGCAAUGAGCUCUAUUUAUGCGGAUCAACUGGGAUAUACUGUUCGUCUACUUGGAACCCCAGCCGAAGAGGGUGGUGGUGGAAAACUGCUACUGAUCAAUGCCGGAGCAUACAAAGAUGUCGAUGCUUGCUUCAUGGUGCAUCCGUUUCCUGUGCUUUCUGGAGCUCCCGACCUUAUCAGCUCGAGCUCUUGUUCUGGUCAGUACCUAGCCAAUGACAAGGUUCAAGUGACAUACACGGGUAAACCUGCUCAUGCCUCUGCUGCUCCGUGGGAGGGUGUUAAUGCUCUCGAUGCUGUGGUGUCUGCCUAUGUCAGUAUCUCUAUGCUGCGACAGCAGAUCUUGCCCACGCAGAAAAUCCAUGGUGUUGUUUUACGGGGUGGGGAUAGGCCCAAUGUUAUUCCUGCUUCGACAACGGUUGAAUACUACAUUCGGUCGGACACUGUCAAGACAUUGAAGCCGUUGACUGAUAAGGUGGUGAAAUGUUUCGAGGCUGCAGCCACUGCUACUGGCUGCACCGUGGAAUUCAAAUGGGAGGCCUCGUACAAGGAUAUGAAGAUCAACAAACCAAUUUGCGACAGCUAUGUUUCCGCUAUGAAUGCCAUGGGCCACAAUGCGAUCUUUGACGCUGCGGGACAGGAAGGAGGACUAAGUGGAGGAUCCACUGAUAUGGGCAACGUUUCGUACGAAGUGCCGGGAUUCCAUGGUGGAUUUUACAUUCACGCGGAUGGUGUUAACCACACACCACAAUUUACUGCAGGGGCCGGGUCUGAAGAAGGGUUUAAGCGUAGUUUACAUUGUGCGGCGGGAAUGGCGGUGGUGGCGGCGAGAGCCUUGGUCGAUGAAAGCUUUGCCACUGCGAUCCAAUCCGACUUCAAAAGGGGCCUGUGA